UCAGUAAAAACUCUACUCGAAAAAUUAGAAGACGCCACAAUGUCAGAGAACGGACUACAUGCUGUUGGUAUUUGGGCAUUACAUGGCUACUUAGUUCCAACGACAAAAAUUAUCAAAAAGGAUGUGACGGGGAAAAAAACAACCACCAAAUUCACCAUAAAAGAGUCACAGGAAUCUGUGAUUUUUGUCGGCGAUAAUCUGAUUGAAGUCGAAGAUAGAAUCAAUCAUCUCAAGCGAACCAAGCAAUCACUUCAACCAUCAAUAUACCGUAUUGAACUAGAUACGGAAAUUUUGGAGUUCAUAAGAAAGACGGACUUCCUUCAAGAAUACGGAUCCCCUGCACAUUCCACACUUCUAGUGAGAAACUGGCUUGACGUUCUCUUCCCGAACAAGUGGAUCGGACGCUAUGGACCAAUACCUUGGCCUGCACGGGUACCCGACAUGUCCCCAUUAGAUUAUUUCUUGUAG